AUGGCCUCCUGUCCGGCCUCCUUCCACAGCAAAGUGACCGGGGUGUUGGAGCUGCUAGCCCGGGCCGCGGUGCUGGAGAUCGGGAAGCUGUGGCAGGAUGGGGUCGUGCUGUUCCAUGCCGAGCUCCGCAGAAGAGACGCGGAGAUCGAAGCGUUAAACACUCGGAUCCUGGAGCUGCAGAGCGGGCAGAGAGCGAGCCACAGCCGCGGUGUGCUGUCCGCUGGGUCCCAGACGGAGCCCGGCGGACAGAGGCUGAGGACCGAUGGAGAAGGUCCUGUGAUACACUCCUUCCAGAGUUUGUCUUUUGAGCCGCAAAUUCAAGACCAAAACGACAUUUCAACCAAUCAGAAAUCCCCGUCUCCUCCUCCCAAACCGGACAGCGACCAGGAAGACUCUGUGGUGAAGCUGGAGCACGAGGACGACAUCCAGAUUGUGGAGAAACCGGAUCAGGAUCGAACCGAGGGCCAAGGCUGGAGACCGACCCCCCACGAAGACCCCUGCUUUCUCGAUACACAACAACAUUUAGAGUCUGAGAUUCUACUGAUUAGAAACGCGUUAGACAUUUUCGAGCGUUCUCCAGAGCGGAACAACGGAUUCGUGAAAGAUUUGGGAACGGAAAGUCAAAACAUCGGCACAAACGCACAACCUGAGUUUAGCUUCACCAUCUGUAACAGUUUAGAGAAGCCGAGCAACAACUCAAACACUGAUGCUUUUGCGUUUGGCGACGGAGAAGCUAGCAAGGCUAACCGCCGCGUCAGAGAGCGGUGGUUCAUCUGCGCCUUCUGCGGGAAAAGCUUCGACCGCAUCAGUCAUCUGGAAAUCCACCGCCGCAUCCACACGGGGGAGAAGCCGUUCACCUGCGACGCCUGCGGCAAGAGUUUCUCACAAAGAAGCAACUUACGAACUCACCAGAGGAUGCACAAGAACGCACAAAGCGGGCCAUGCCAAACUGCUGAUGUGUCCUUAGGCAAGACACUUCCCCCACAUUAG